AUGGCGUACCCUCGACAUAUUGACGGCACCGUCUUCGUCAGACAGGGCUCACCACUCCUCCAUGGGCGUCAAUCCCAUUCCUGGCAUGAAAAACCGGCCGGACCACAACGGACAUUGUCUCAUCCUGCCAUAAGUCUGCACCAAGGACGCGCAGACCGAUCCUCUUCGGAGCCCCUGCCCUCAACCGGACCAGAGCCGACUUUCAGCUUCCAGUUAGCCUUACCUCAGUUUUAUGUGCCAUAUAGAUGGUGGGAAGAUGGGGCUUCUAUGAUUCUUUGGGCUUUUGACCAUCAGGAUAUCAAGAGGCUCCUCCGGUUCCGGUUGUACGAAAACGACGAGCUUCCUCGUUAUGUGUUACAGAACCGCAAUGCUGACGUAGUCUCUGGGUUCCUUGCAUCUUUACUUCCGCCCGAACAAGGGAUGUUUACCUUGGAUCUACCCCAUCACCACAAGGUUGAGGAAAUAUUGGAACUAUGCCAGCUAAGGAAUCCCCCUGUGGAAGCAUGGAGAUGGCAUCCAAACUAUUCAUAUAACGCCGAACCAAGGACUAUUGCCUCUUAUAUCGACGCCGAGAGUUCACAGCAGUUCAAAGCAGUUCCAUUCGAGGACUGGAUCCGUUAUGCCCUAGGAUAUCCCACAGCGUCUAUUCAAUGGUUCUUUUCCCAGCACAAACAACUACAUGAUAUAGUGUCAGCGCAUCUAGACCUUUUCCCUGGAGAGUUCGAUACCUACGUCGAGGUCGAGAGAUACCUUCGAGAAGGCUCCCCGUUUGCCCAAUAUGUCCUUCUACAGUGCCUCAGUGUUAGAGGCUUGCUGAACAGUGAAGUUCCCGAUCAAUCCAAUCAAUGGGUUGUAGGGUCUAUCAUCCGCCCUAUCCAAGAACUAUUCAAGGCCCAUUUAACCGGAUUACCCUCGAUGCUGAAAAAGCUAUCAGUACUCUCACUCAGCUUCGAACGCAAGUACCGUGCGGCCGCCGAAAUAGAUUGGAGCUCUCCGUUCGAAGCGAACCCAGCAUAUCUUAAUGACUUCUUUGCCUUCAGGGAGGUUGAGCCUUUGGCUAGGAAGCUCACUCAUAUUGAUACACGAGAAUUCUCCUUUCUUUCGCCCCAAGACUUUGUCGAAGAUACUACAACAUUGCGAUCUUUGUCUAGCAGAUGGCAUCUACUUUGUUCUUCUACCGAAGAAUGUUGCCUGGCACUUCCGGAAAUGGCCAUUUUCUUCAAAAGCUGCAUUGCCAUCUUACAUCGACUGAAAAAUUAUUACUCAGCUACCGCCAUACUUUACGGACUUCAGAAAGCCAUCAUGAAUCUUUUCGACUUAUUUUUGGAGCCAAGCAAUGAACUGGAACAGUCUCUCAAGCAAUCCUCAACCCACUGCUUUGAGUUAAUGGAUUCAGCUGGCAACUACUCCUUGUACAGGGACGCUAUGCAAAAGAGGCCCGGGAUCCCUUUCUUGCUCCCGCAUAUUGUGGAAUACCAAUCAAAGGGAGAAGAUGCAGUUGCUGGCAUGUUCCCUCUCCCCAUACAUUGA